ACCAGACUACCAUGCAAGGCAUUCCCACUAUCAGGGCGUUUUCGGCGCAAAGACCCAUUUGUUCUGGUUCACGGUGCUCGCCAUGCGCGGUGCUGCAGUCGAACCAUGCAGCUCGCAGCGUGACGGAGCAACAAAUGAAGUCUCGACUGGAAUCAAGUUCACAGGCUAGCAGCUCAAAGCCUACGGAAGCCGGAGCUGUCCCUAAGCACGUUGCGUGCAUUAUGGACGGCAACUUCCGGUGGGCUACACGAAUCCGCGGGAUAGGGGAUUGGCGGCAGGGUCACAUGGAGGGAAUCAACGCCCUGCGCCGGGUGAUUAAGUACUGUCAGGAGGACGGCGUGAAGGCUCUUACGGUGUACGGCUUCAGCUGGGAGAACUGGGGUCGCGGGCCCGAGGAGGUGCGGUUCCUGCUGGGGCUGCUGGAGGGGG